AUGCCUCCCCGGCGAGCCUGCGACGUGUGCUAUAAGCGAAAGAUCCAGUGCUUGAUCAAAACUCAGGGUGACCCCUGCGACUGGUGCGACAGUCAGGGCCUGACUUGCACGUUUGACCGAGUUAUUCAUAAAGACCCAAACAAAAGAACGACAACCGACGUUGUGCAAGAAUUGUCCCAGCGCGUUGAAACACUCGAGGAGGCUCUCCAAACAGCAUUAUGCACCAUCAAUAUCAUGCCUGUGGGAGGCCCCUCGUCGUCGCCUUGGUCGGAUAGGCCCUUUGCUGAACCAUCGCCGUCCAGUAUCCGAUUUGGAGCAUCGCCCAUCACUCUGGCGAGUCGUCAGCCGGCAACUGCAAGCCCGUCUGACUUUUCCACCGAUGUCACAUUAAGCCAAAGACUUCGUCAUGAGAAGCCAAUUUACAGAUUAUCCCGAUGUCACACUGGGAAUAAUUGGUACUUCAAAGGAAUAGGGAUACUGUCUCCACGCGGACGGCAAUGGAUCUCUGAUGGUGCAGGUGAGCGAGUGUUUAUGGAGAACUUCGACAUCUUUGCAGACCCGGUUGGAACUAUUCCCCAUCUUAACCCAAUUGCGUUUGCGGAGAGACCAAGACCACUGCCCCCAAGAGAAGUCUGUGAGCAUCUUGUUGAGACUUUUUUGGAUUCCAAAACUUCUAUCCUCUUCCCGUUCUUGGAUAGUGAUAUCUUUGGAGCGACUGUUGACAGAGCAUAUCAUGUCGAUAGUGUCGAUCUCGGAGCUCAAUCCUGCAUUUGGGCACUAAUUGCUCUUGUGAUUCGUACAACGGACUCUCAGCAGUUCGGUCUUUCCAUGGGGCCAAAGGAUUGUAUCCAGGAAGCUACGCGCUUGUUGAUCAUCAGCAAUGGCAACACCAACUUGGACAGCUUGCAAGCCACCCUUCUUCUGUGGGCAUGUCAAAAAAUGAGAGGGCAAUGCCGAGAGGCUUCUGUUACUUUCACAAACGCCUGCCGAAUGGUAUGCGACCUUGGCGGCCAUUUCCCUCUAUCACGCCCAGCUAUCCUCCCACAACACAUUCCCACAUUCAAGGACAAGACAAAGCUUCAUAUCCGGCGACUGUUCUGGACCUGUUACUGCUCCGACAAGGACAUCGCCCUGCGUACCGACAGGCCACCGUUACUUACUUUGGAUCACUGUGGCCUCAGUGCCUCCGAGGAGUUGAGAAACCAGACGCGAGACACGAACCUCGCCAAGAUCAAAGAGAACGCGAUUCGACUUCUUUGCUCUCCGCUUGCGUUUAGACACACAGAGAGUGAACUCCUCGCGCAAGUCCGACAACUCGACGAUGAGCUUGAGGAGUGGCGAUUAGCAGUCGAUCCGCGCUAUCGCCCCAGAUUGUCUAUCAUCUCAGACUUGUCCUUCUCGUUACCUUCAACAAUGAGUCUAGAGAAUCGCACAUAUCUCAUCAACUUGCAGCUCGACUAUCUCUUUACCAUAAUCAACAUACACACGCUCGUCCGAAAGUGCGGAGACUUGGAGAAGAAUCUUCCCGACGAUCUACACAGCGUAGUACACUCCAGCGCCGACUUAUCAAUCGAGGCUAGCCGUUCUAUCUUUCGUAUCUUGGACACCGUGGUUGGCUUUUGGAAGGAGGAUUCUCUCUGGAUUGUUUCCCACUAUGCUCCUAUGGCUGCCAUGCCGCUGUUCAUGAACAUUCUGAUUCAUCCUCUUGGACAUUCGGCGGAUAACGACUUGCGUAUCUUGUCUUCGAUAAGUAACAUCACGCGCAAAGUACCGGCGGAGAGACUUCCCAUGGAGGAGAUUGAGCAUAUCCAGGAGAUAAGUGAGUUUGUUAUGGAGCUGGUGAGACUUAGUCAUAGUGCGGCUUGGAAGGUGAAAAGGGGCGAGCGAGAGCAUGAUCUUGAUAUCAUUCACACAUGA